GCCAUUCUCUGUGGGGGGCCUACAUACCCAUUUUCAAUGGAGACAGGUAGGUGAUGGACGGCUCUCAUUCAAAGGUAGAUAUGAUGAGCGCAGCACAGAGAACAACUCCACCACCGCAUCCACAAAUGGACGGCCCUGAUGAUCACAGCUCAAUAUUCUGGUUGGCCAUCAAUAAAAAUGAUUUUAAAUAUUCAAUUAAUUUAAGUGCCAUGUAGAAUAAAUGAUUCACCAAAUUCUUUUAUCAAUCUUUUAAGCUGGUGGGUUUAUUGCGUAUUGUGAUGUCUGAUAAAGAAUAUAGCAUCAUCUUGGAUUGUGCAUGCAUGAAUUUAUGCGAAGAGCCAAGGCUUCCUCCAAGUUUCCGUGGAAGCACCACAGUUUCUGAAGACACAAUGCGACUGCUGGUUGAUAAAGUUAACAUGAAUAGUCAUAUCUUCCUGUCACGUAAUGUCACUAUAGCGGGGGUUGAAGUUAACUAUGCGUUACUGGAGUUAUGUAAUGCCAUUCAUGAGGAGUCUCCUCUGGCUCAUGUUGCACUUGAAGGGCUUUGGGCGUCGUACAGGAUGACUUCAUUAUCAGAAACUGAUCUUUAUGUAACAAUUCCCAAAUUCUCUGUUCUGGAUACUCGCCUUGAUACGAAGCCUGAAAUGCGCCUGAUGCUUCCAACCAAGCUUCUACUGUAAAUAGAGGUGGGUUUUCGAUGACAAACUUGGAAUCUGCACCUGGCGCAGAAGUUGCAACUUCAACUAUGUUCUUGAUGGACUACAGAUUGCGAGUAUCAUCUCAAUCAUAUGUUAUUCGGCUUCAGCAGCCACGGGUUCUUGUUGUGCCUGAUUUCCUUCUUGCUGUAGGAGAAUUUUUUGUGCCAGCUUUGGGAGCAAUAACAGGCAGGGAGGAAUUGAUGGACCCUAUAAGCAGAAACAAGAGCAUAGUACUCUCUGGACCUGUUCACAAACUGAUAGAAGAUGUAAGGACUUUUCUCAAUAGUAUGAAUGGUUCCCUAUUGAGGAGAUACACAUACUUGAGUAAUGACAGCAGCUACUCAAUUUUGCGAGAAGAUGGUGUUGAGAUUUUGCUGCUGGAUGAAUCCUCAUAUGCUAAUGAUGAAAAGAGUCUAGACUACAUGGAUGAAACCUCAGAUACGUCGGAUACUUCUGCAUACACUCGAAGUGAUUCAAGUAAGACGCAGAGCUUCACUUUUGAAGCCCAGGUGGUAUCUCCUGAAUUCACCUUCUAUGAUGGUACAAAGUCCUACGUAGGUGAUUUUACACAUGGUGAAAAGCUUCUACGUGCAAAAAUGGAUUUGAGCUUCAUGUAAGAGUAUCCAUUUUCACUUUUCAAUUUUUUUUAUGUUGGUUCUUUUCUUUUAAGUGGGUGCAUCAUUAAGAGGCAACAAAACCACUCUGCAAAAAGAGUUCAAUCAUGUACAUCAAAUGCAUUUCUCUUCUUUCCAAUUCAUCUAUUUUUGCUACUGUGUCCUAGUAUAAGGUUUCAAAUUCUAGUCCACUUCUCUCUUUUUCAUGCAUGUUGUUACUUUUGAGGAUCAUGAAGAUCAUGAAAUGGGUCUUGACCAAGUUAAAGAGGUUAAUCAUAAAAUUCAAAAUUUCUCCUCUGAUAAUUGGAAAUUUCGGAGUUAUUUAUGUAUGUUUCAGGAGUAAGAGGUAGUCAUGUGGGGCAGUGAGGUGUUAAGAGUUUGAGGGGAGAAUGAAGUGGAGUUAGACACAAUAGGGAGUUGGAGAGGGUGUUAGUAGAAUUAGGGAGAAAAUUUAGGAGAGUGGGAAUUUCUUUAUUUUUUAUUGUUGGCAGGACAUUAAGCCUUUUUUUAGUGUGGAAGCAUGAUCAUAUAUGUCAUAAAGAUAUAUAUUUUUUAUGAUUCUCCCUCCCUUCCAUUCCGUAUGGAAUAGGCUCAAUGCAAGUUUAUCUUGCUUCAGAAAGCCUUCAGCUCUAGCCACUAGUCCCAAAGUGCUUGAUGGUGGAAAGGCCAACUUCGCCGCCAAGAUACACGAAGUCUAUUUUGGUCUCUCUAAGCCCUACUCUUGUGCUGAUUUGGAGAGAAUUUUUUUGUAUAUAUUACUUCACA